AUGAUGAAAAAUGAAUCUACUCAAAAAGAUAAAUUCAACAACAUUAAAGAAGAAGAAGGCGUGACCUUACCAAAUGUACAAUCGGAUUAUCAUUAUAGCUUUUUACAAAGGUAUAGUAUUGAGCUUAAAAAAGAUUUACUAAAUUGGUAUUACAAAUAUAGACGAAAAUUACCAUGGAGAGGUGAUGAACCCCCUUUUACAACCAGUGUUCAAUUGUAUGAGAACAAAAAACAAGUGGAUAUUAGAUGUUUUUUUGGUAACCAUAAAAGGGAUGAGAUAAAAAUAAAAAACAGUAACUCAGAUAAUGUUAAAAAUCAUGAGAAAAUAAAAGGUACAAAAAUUAUAAAAAUAAAAAAAGAAUAUAAUGAGUUAUCAUUAGAAAGAUGUAAAAGAUUAAAAAAGGAAGAUAAGGAUGAGGAAAAAAAAUAUAAUUCGUUGAGCGAUUCAUUAAAAAGUGAGAAUAUUAAAUCAUUACAUGAUAAAAUAAAUAAUAAUAAUAAUAAUAAUAAUGAUGAUGAUGUGGUUGAUAAAAAUAAUUGUAAUAUUUCUUUCCUAGUUCAUAAAGAGGAAAAGAAACAUAAUUUUAUAAAUAAUCUUAUGUAUGAUAAAGAACAUUUAAGUACCAAAGGGUAUCAAAUAUACAUUAGUGAAAUUAUGCUUCAACAAACUAAAGUACAUACCGUUUUAAAUUUUUAUUUAAAAUGGAUGAAUAAAUGGAAUAAUAUUUUUGAUUUAGCAAAAUGUAAUUUAGAUGAUGUAUUAAUUUUGUGGAAAGGAUUGGGAUAUUAUAACAGAGCUAAAAACCUUUUGGAAUGUUGUAAAAUUGUUGUUGAUAAAUAUAAUGGUAUAUUUCCAAAUGAUUUAAAAUUGUUAAAAACACUACCUGGUAUAGGUGAUUAUACUUCAAAAGCUAUUUGUAUACAUCUAUAUAAUAGGAAGGAUAUAUGUAUUGAUACAAAUAUUAUAAGAAUAUUUUCUCGUAUUACUGAUACUAUAAAUUAUUAUAAUUCAGGCGCAUUAUUAAAACAUUGCGAAAAAGUUAGCGAAAUAUUAUGUUCAGGGGAAUCCAAUUAUUCUGACCUUAGUCAGGCAUUAAUGGAUUUAGGCUCAAGUGUGUGCAACAAUUCACCUGACUGUUCACAAUGUCCAAUAAAUAAAUAUUGUAUGAUUUAUUUAAAAUCAAAUAAAAAGAAACAACAUAAUUUAUUUAAUACGAAACAUCCAGAACAUUGUAACUUAUGUGUUAAUGAUCGAAAUGUUGAAAUUAAAUAUGUUCCUUUAGCUAAAAGGAAAAAAAAAACCGAUAAAAUAUGUCUUGUUUUGUUAAUAAAACAAGAUGACAAAAAAAAAAAAAAUAAUAUGAAUAAAAAUAGCUGUACAAAAAAGCUAGAAAAAAAAAAAACAGCUAGCCGUCAAAUUAAGGAGUCCUAUUUAGAAGAUACAUAUAUGAUGAUUAAAAACACUGACUCGAAUUUAUUUUCCAUGCAUUAUUUAUUUCCAUUUAUAUUACUUGAUACGUAUGAUAAGAAUGAUUGUGUGAAGCAUUUUAAUGAUCUUUUAAAAAGCCUGAAUGUGACAAAUUCGGAAAAAGACCGUUACCUAUAUAUAAAUAAUUUCAAACACAAAUUUUCUCAUCUUACUUAUCACACGCACAUAUAUUUAUGUACUGUUUCCGAUUGGGAAAAUAUAACUAAAAAUAAUGAAGAAAGGAAAUGGGUUAUACUGAAAGAUAUCAGG